AUGACGGCUGUCGCUAGAGUUCCAGGUGGAGGUGGUGACGACGAAGACCCUCACAACACCACACCCCGUCUCCCCGCUGAUCGCGUCGAUGUCGUCCCCGAAGCUGAAGAAACACGAGUCUGCAACAGAUGCCGCGUGCGCAAGCCCAUUGCCGAGUUCGCGCCAAAGCAAGCCAGCACUGCUCGUUCGAGUUCGCGUGGUCCAGUCAAGACGUGUCUGAAGUGCCGUGGUGGAGAUCUCAUGGUGAAGAAGAGGCGUGGUUCUGAGCCUACAGUGUCGUCUCCUCUUGCGUCGUCUGCGAAGAGACAGGAGAUAUGUCCUCUUGCAUGGCCUUCUCAACUCGGUGUACCCAUGCAACCCGCGCCCACUCGUUCCGUCAGUCAAUAUGUCGCCCAGACACUUGGUCACGCAGUUGAUCAGCAAGCCGGCCAGACGAUCGCCCAAACGCUCCUCGACCUUGGUGCACCUUCACGAGCCCAUACGCCAACCAUGGGACCUCCACCUACCAGAGGCCGCGGCAUGACAAGAGGAAGCGCUAUAACUCGUACGCAAUCAGCAAGUCCGUCUCGCACAUCUUCACCUUCGCGAAGUCUUGUCAUGGACGUCACAACUCGCGCUGCUGAACGCGCCGCUUCUAUGCGCUCUCCUGGUUCUGGAGGUCUCGGAUCACCCCCUCCGCCGCACACUUCUCCUGGUCAGCCUUUUGGCUUCCAGCGCUCAUCUCCGGUGAGCGGUCGUCCAUCUCCUCUUCUUUCGUCACACACGCCUCCAGGUCAUGGUACUGGCUCUCCUGGUCACUCUGCCUCCUCUGGUUCAGCAUCUUCAAUCCGUUUCCUUCAUACCACCACAAGUCAUGCUGUCGGCCAUCGAGAUCUCGCCUCGGCAGGAGAAUACCGCGUCUGGUUCAUCUGCGAGGCUUGUAACCAUGCUCGCGCAGAAGCACGCAGAGCUACGGUAUCAGGCCAAGUUGAUUUCUGCCAAUACUGCGAGCAAGGCAUAUCCGGUCGACCACUCCGUUAA